AUGGUUGGGUGGUCCGUAGAACUAUCUGAGUAUCAUCUUCGAUGUGAAGCCCGAGGGUCGAUUAAGGGACAAUGCCUGGUAGAUUUUGUCAACGAAUUAACAGGAGAUCUUGACGUACGCGAGGAAGGCUGGAUCCUGUCGGUGGAUGGCUCCUCCAACACGAAAGGCGGGGGUGCUGGAAUUGUUUUGCAAGGGCCGAAUGAUUUGGUACUCGAGCAAGCCUCGCGCUUUGGCUUUAAACCCUCUAACAAUCAGGCAGAAUAUGAGGCAUUAAUAGCGGGGUUGACCCUCGCAGCAGACAUGGAAGCAGAUACGGUGACAUGCCGAAUUGAUUCUCAGCUGAUAGUAGGACACUUGGAUGACACUUUCCAGGUAAAGGACUCCCUCCUAUUACGAUAUUUUCACGUUGUGCAGGGCAUGUUGAACAUAUUCAUAACAACAAACGUAAAGCAUGUUGAUAGAUACCAGAAUUCCAUAGCCGACUUGCUCUCGAAGUUGGUGACUGCCAAAAUAAAGGGGCAACAUCAUAUAGUGAUCCAUGCCACACUCGACCGUCCUACUGUAACCUUGACAGAAUGCAAUACUACUGAGACAGUCGCACAAGAGGAUGAAGAGUGGAUGGCUCCUAUUAUACAGUUCAUUCAACAUGGUGACACAGGCGGAAUUGAUGACCCUAUCAUGCGUAGAAAAGCUUCUCGAUUCACUUUGGUUGGUGAAGAAUUGUACAAACGAGGCUUCUCCAACCCUCUGUUAAAAUGCAUCACAAACCGCCAAACCCAGUAUAUUAUGGAGGAGUUGCACACGGGGAUUUGUGGCUUACAUUCAGGAUCUCGAACCAUGGCAGCUCAGGUGUUACGAGCAGGAUACUAUUGGCCGACUGUAAAAGAAGACUGCGAGAAGUACGUAAGGAAAUGCGCCCAAUGCCAACAACACGAUAACAUGAUACAUCUCAAGUCAGAAGAGUUGCAUGGUAUUACCUCCCUUUGGCCUUUUGCCAAGUGGGGCAUGGAUAUCCUAGGGCCCUUCAACCCAGGGAAAGGUCAGGUAAAGUUCCUGUUGGUGGCUAUAGACUUCUUCACCAAUUGGAUUGAGGCGGAGCCACUGGCCCUGAUCACGGCCCAGCAGGUACAAAAGUUUGUGUGGAAGAAUAUAGUGUGCAGGUUCGGCAUACCAAGCAUCGUCAUAACAAAUAAUGGUAGACAGUUCAUCGACAAGGGGCUAGCCGAGUUCUAUAAGGGACUCCAUAUCCAACAUAUUACCAGCUCGGUCGAGCACCUACAAACAAAUGGGCAAGCCGAAGCAGCAAACAAGGUCAUACUGCGAGAGCUUAAGAAGAGGCUGGGAGAUACCAAAGGAAGGUGGGCUGACGAGUUAUUAGAGGUCCUAUGGACAUAUCGUUGCACCCCGCAGUCAACAACACAGGAGACACCCUACUUCUUAGCCUAUGGAGUAGACGCAAUGAUCCCGGUCGAGAUUGGGGAGCCCUCUUUACGAAGGCAUUUGUUCAACACACGUUUUAAUAAAGAAAGUAUGCUAACAAGCCUAGACCUGGUUCAAGAGCUCUGA